GCUAGUUCAUUCGAAGCCGGUCUGGCUUUUGACGCGCGUAACAUCGAUAAUCACAGGAUCGCGGUGCUUUACGUGGAAAAGAAACGCUACAUAAUGGUUUGAACGUACUGGCGUGAGUUGUAAAGAUACGACAGACAUCAGAUAUGACUGCUUCAGUGGCUGAGACAUGCAAGAAUAUUAUUUCAUUCGUUGAAACUGCCGUCAGCCCAACAACAACACAAGCGGACCGCAACAAAGCUUACAAUGCAUUUGAAGACUUCAAGGAAAACUCGCCACAAUGUGCACAGUGUGGCGUGCUGUUAUCCGCCAAGAACAACUCCCCUGUAAUUCGUCAUAUCGGUCUUCAGCUUGUAGAACAUUGCAUCAAACUUCGAUGGAAUGUGAUGACCCCAGAAGAAAAGCUGUCAAUAAAGGAGACGGCAACGAGGCUAGUCGCAGAAGGAACACAGAACCUCCUCGUGGAACAUACACACAUCAAGGACGCUGUGUCACGGAUUGUGGUAGAGAUGGUCAAGCGGGAAUGGCCACAACAGUGGCCAACAUUUUUGCAGGAACUUCAUCAGCUGAGCAGCCUUGGGGAAACACAGACUGAGUUGGUCCUUCUGAUUUUCCUGCGCCUAGCUGAAGACGUCGUUGCAUUCCAAACAGUUCAAAAUCAGAGGCGGCGUGAGAUCCAUCAGGCACUUGUGGCAAAUCUCUCGGAAAUCUCUCAGUUUUUCCUCACAACCCUCAACCUACACUACACGAAGUACACAGAAAUGAAAAAUGCAGCUGAUGAAGGCCAACGUACUCAGUCUGAAAUUCAUCGGAGAGUGACGGAAUCGACAUUGAAGACACUUUCUGGUUUUGUGGAAUGGAUUCCUGUAAAGUUUAUUAUGGAAAAUGACAGGUUGUUGCCGAAAAUUUUCUGUUACCUCCUGUCUGACAUCGACCUUAGGACACACGCUGCAGAGUGUCUCCUGCAAGUAGUUUCACGAAAGGGUAAUAACCUCGAGAAGCAUCACUUGGUUAGCCUGUUUAACCAGGACAUGAUGUCUGCUGUAUUGUCAGCUUCUAACUCAGCCUCUACUGAAGCAUUCGACGAGAAGAGCUACACCUUCUUGAAGGCACUGUGUAACAUCAUUGCAAAUCUUGGUUUUCUACUUUCAGCUUGUUGGGGGUCCGACAACAACGAUGUGAAAAUGCCACCGACUGAACUGUUUGAUGUCUACCUAGAUGCCCUUCUUGCCACCAUAAAACACCCAAGUCAUGCCAUGAAUCGAAUAACACUCCCAGUGUGGAGUUCCUUCUUUAAGCAUAAAGAAAUCUCUGAGUUGGAUGCCGUCAAAAAUGCAAUACCAAAGCUCCUCAAACUAGCAACGGAGAAAUUUGUAAAGGCAGGCUAUCCUUCAAAGAAUGACCAUCCUUCCUGUGCCUACUCACGUCUCGACUGUGAUAGCGAUGAGGAAUUCAACACUCUCUUCUCUGCUUUCAGGCGUGACCUGUCAGACAUGGUGAAGAGCGCAACAUUACUGAACCCUAUAGCAGGAUUUCAGAUGGCUUGCCAAUGGCUUCAGACACUUAUGGCAACCAAGAUAGAUGUGGGAGAUGCUUCCGAGAAUGGAAUCUGUGCAUCAACCUCUCCAUCGGCCGUUUGGUGGGAAGCACUCGUGCAGUUUAUGGAUGGCGUCUUUGGGAAAAUGCUUACGUCUCCACAUCCUAAACCCAGUGUUGAGGAAGGAAUUUAUCUUCUUGAAGACGUUCUUCGAUUUAACCCACCGGAUCCUACAAUACAGUCAUAUGCGCUAUCAUGCAUAUCCUCCCUCUGCAUAUUUCUGACUUUGGCACCUGGAAGCUUACCACUGGUACUUGACAAGAUCUUUUUCUGCGCCGUCUACAAGAUGCAAGGGGAAACAACUGGCAAGGUUCAGAGCCGUGCAUCGCGAAUGCUGCGACGACACGCUGUCGCAGCAUUGGUCGCAUUGUCGAGGCUUUACCCCAAAGUGCUCAUGCCAUGUUUUGAACAGAUUUAUGCAACAACAAAGAGGUUAGCUGAAGAAACCAAUGAGAUGUCCCACAUGGAGAGGAUUACUGCAACUGAAGCAAUGAUUAUACUCAGCAACGAAAGAAAAGACUACAAAUGCCAGGCUGACUUCAUUGUUGAAGUUGAAACUCCACUAGUGUCAGUGUUGUCAACACCAGAGCUGGAACAUGCACUGUCAUCUCCAGAAGCAUUCAUGUCCUUCGUUGGCAUGACCGAAUAUCCGAGAGAUGAAGCGCAGGAUGAGGAACAAGGCUCACGUCGGUCACAGCUGCUUCGUUGUUCUAGUACCUUAGUAGCACUCAUCAAACACAGCUGGGCACCAGACAAUAUGGAGGAAGCCUCAAAAGGUGGAUUCUUUGUUGCUGAAGGCCCUGGAGGCAAGCCGUAUUGUCGGAAUCCUGCAACGCCGUUUUUGGCAAAUGUCUUGCCAAAGCUGUGUCAACUGAUGCACAUGUACAACGCUUUGUGGACAGAAGAGGCAAGGAGCAAAGUUCACAGCGCCUUUGUUACUGUGUAUGAAAUGCAAGAAGGGGAGAAGAACCUGGUCCUAGGUAGCCUGACAAGGUCAGAGCCCUCAACUGACAUACUCGGCCAGAAGCAACCCUUGGACAAACUGAAGAGCUUUAUGGUGACCUUUCAGGAGCAAUGCCUUCAUAUAUUUGGCAACUCUGGAGAAUACCUUGGACCGGAAUUUUACCUGAUAGAAGGACUAUCUGAAAUGCUGGUUAAAUCUGUCUUGUCAAAUCUCGACCAACUGCCAGCUUACCGGUUGUGUCCUGUUAUUCGAUCCUUUGUGAGGCCAUUCGUGCAGCAUUGCCCUCAGGAACUGAGGAUGAAAGUUGCACUGCCAGUGCUAUCAGCAGUACUUCCGUUUAUGUAUCAGAAAUUGAAUGCCAAGUGGGAAACAUUCCAGUUGAAGUACGGAGCCUAUGCGGCAUAUGAAGAUGAGAUGACAGAAGAGCAAGAAGUGCUCGAAGACCAGCUCACCCGGUGGAUCACCAGGCAUUAUGUUGAUCUUGUUGGGGCUGUUCUAAUGAACAGACGAGGUCAAGAACCCACACUAGACUCACUGGAACAGGACCAAGAGUCCUCACCACCUGUGAUUCAAAACAGUGCUUCCAUCUCAGAGUUUGGGGCAAACAUCUUGAGAAUUGAUAGCUUAUGUCCAUUUGUGGUGAUGUCAGUGUUCAGCGCACUCCAUUGGCAUGACACAGUAGCAUGCAUGAAGGCGCUCACUCUUGCUCCACCAUUGCUCAAACAGAUGUUGCAGGAUAACAUAAUUCGAGAUGAAGGAGGUGCAGGCUACAUCCUCCACAAUAUCCUUAAAGGUCUGCAGAUGCAUGGAGAGCACGAUCUGCACCAAGCACUUUUGGUGUCACUAGCCAUGCUGGCCUACGACUCAUUCAAAAGGACAUUCCCAGGGGUGAUCAACAUUAUGCUAACCAUUCCAGGAUGUACAACCCAGGAACUUGAGAGCUUUGAGGCAAGACUCCAGCCUAGCCCAACAGGAAAAAUGAUACCUGAAAAGAAGAAGAAAGAAUGGUUUCGGAAGCUCAUCUCUCCUGUCAUUGGGAGGAAUAUUGGCCAGCAAUUCAAGGCAAGCAUAGAAAUUCUGAAUCUUCCUCCAAUCUUCAGUGCGAGACGGAUGGCAGUAGAUGACCAAGAUCCAGCCGCAAAUGUAGAUAGCAUCGUCACACUCUUUGCUGAUCGAGAAGCAUGAUGCAUAUUAGUAAUGGCUUCUUGAUGAGCUCGCCACAGACAUUGCAUUCGUUUAACUAGUAAGUCACAUGUUUAUUGAAUAGAACACUUGUAGCUAACAGCACCAUUUACCUUCUUUUUAUUAUGAUUAUGCUGUAAGCAUAUACUGCUGCAUAGGCAGCCAUAUGUGUCAAUUUUAUGUGAUAUUGGUCACGCACCCACUGAACAAGGGUGAGUACCGUGGAAUGCACAUGAAUGCUUACCUCAAUCUAACUUAACAUGUUUGUGUGAUAUCAGCCAUUUUGAUAACCAGCUAAUGACAAAGUACAGGUGAAGAUCAUCAAGUAAAACUAAUAUGUUGUAAGAGAUUUUGUGCCACAUAUCGACAUCAUGUCUUAAUCUUGCCUAUGUAUCGUCAGUGUGUUGUGCAAGCAUUUUGGAAUGUGUUGCUAAAUGUCUAUUACCACAAAAUUAUCAUUGCAUAUGUGAUUAUAUGAUCAUACUAUGGAAGUUGCAGUGUUUUGUGUAUUAUGUGAUCAUAGCGUGGAAGUGAGAGUGUUGUCCAGAAUCUUGUGCAUGAUGAACACGUGUUCCGGUAUUCAAUAGGAGGGUGCUUCGGUGCCAUUAAAUGUUUAGUCGAGAGGGUAUGUAAGGUGCACAUGGUAAAACAAAGGCUGUAAGACAAUGUAAGACAGCCUGACUUAAAUACAUUUCUGUUUACAUAUGGAUUAUAUGAAUAUAGGCAGCAUCAAAUAUUAUGUGAACAUAAGGUACAUUGGGUGUGGGCCUGCAGUAACGUGAGGAUAGUAUAUACUUGGAAAAGGCAUGGAUACACAAAUAUGAACACAUGGGGCAUACAAAAGACAGGUAUGGUCCCAUUUCUCAAGGCAUUUCAUAGAUGUGCCAUCAAUAUGACAUUGAUUUUCGUGCAGUGAGCAUGUGUCAACGUAUUUUCUAAUUGCUCUGCCAUUGUAGAAUGCUAGCUUGAUCCUCCAACUUCAUGACAUACUGAACCAGGGGCGGAUCCAGACCCUCUGUUUGGGGGGGGUUCUUUGUCGAAGCAUGUAGUGGGGAGGGGAGAGAGGGAAAUCCAAUGUAUAAUCUGAUGUUUUGGGGGGGCGAUCACCCAACCGCCACCCACGUGGAUCCGCCACUGUACUGAACAUUAGUGUGGGAUUAUGUCGACGAGUUCUGUAGCUUCUGUCUCUGUAAUUUGUGACGGGCAACUUCACUUGUUCGAAAUCAUUAACUUGUAGGUUGUGACCUCGAGCCAAGUUUUCUAGAACUACAAUUCCUGCUGAUCAGUGCAAGAGCCUUUGAAGCGAUGCAUCUAACAUAUUGUAUGUACUUCCAAUGAUUUUUCCCGUGGCAUCAGAAUUCAGGGAAAAGUUGCAGAAAGUAUACUCCCAAGAGCUUAUUUUUUGUUGCUAUGAUUCACACUGAAAUGAAAACGAACCGCUCAUAUGUUAACAAAUGGUGUUGUUGUCGUUGUCAGAUUUUUCUUUUUUAUGAUUCGUGGUGACGUCUGUAACCCCCUUCCAGUUACUACUGUAUUCACAAUGAUACGAAUGUAUGCAAGUGACACGUGCGAUAUCACUCAUUAACACAUAGAUUGUUUCGUCACAAUGCUAACUGUGUUUUCCGUGAACACCUUCACAAUAUUAAAGAAAUUUCUGCGUGUGAAAUG